AUGGGCAGGCGGGCGGCUGCUCCAGGGGUGGCUGCUGCAGGGGCGACUGCUCCAGGGGCGGCUGCUGCAGGGGUGGCUGCUCCAGGGGCGGCUGCUGGAGUGGCGGCUGCUCCAGGGGCGGCUGCUGCAGGGGCGGCUGCUCUAGGGGCGGCUACUACAGGGGUGGCUGCUCCAGGGGCGGCUGCUGCAGUGGCGGCUGCUCCUGCGGCAGCUGCUUCAGGGGUGGCUGCUCCAGGGGCGGCUGCUGCAGGGGCGGUUGCUCCAGGGGCGGCUGCUGCAGUUGGGGCUACUCCAGGGGCGGCUGCUGCAGUGGCGGCUGCUCCAGGGGCGGCUGCUGCAGUGGCUGCUCCUCCAGGGGCGGCUGCUGCAGGGGUGGCUGCUCCAGGGGCGGCUGCUGCAGGGGCGGCUGCUCCAGGGGCGGCUACUGCAGGGGUGGCUGCUCCAGGGGCGGCUGCUGCAGUGGCGGCUGCUCCUGGGGCGGCUGCUUCAAGGGUGGCUUCUCCAGGGGCGGCUGCUGCAGGGGAGGCUGCUCGAGGGGCAGCUACUGCAGUGGCGGCUGCUCCAGGGGCGGCUGCUGCAGUGGCGGUUGCUCCAGGGGCGGCUGCUGCAGUGGCGGCUGCUCCAGGGGCAGCUGCUGCAGUGGCGGCUGCUCCAGGGGCGGCUGCUGCAGUUGGUGCUGCUCCAGGGGCGGCUGCUGCUGGUGUGGCUGCUCCGGGGGCGGCUGCUGCAGUGGCGACUGCUCCAGGGGCGGCUGCUGCAGUGGCGGUUGCUCCAGGGGCGGCUGCUGCAGUGGCGGCUGCUCCAGGGGCGGCUGCUGCAGUGGCGGCUGCUCCAAGGGCGGCUGCUGCAGUUGCUGCUGCUCCAGGGGCGGCUGCUGCUGGUGUGGCUGCUCCAAGGGCGGCUGCUGCAGUGGCGGCUGCUCCAGGGGCGGCUGCUUCAGGGGAGGCUGCUCCAGGGGCGGCUGCUGCAGUGGCGGCUACUCCAGGGGCUGCUGCUGUAGUGGCGGCUGCUCCAGGGCGCGGGUUAGGGCAGGGCGCUGCGGCGGGCAGCAGUGACGCCACGCGGGUCCCGCAGGGGCGUCGCGACGCACAGGAGCCGCGCCCCGCGGGUCCCGCAAGGGCGUCGCGACGAGGCAGGGGCGACGCGGCGGGGCCGCAAAGGGUGACGGGGCGGGGUCGCUACGGGCAGCGGGGCGGGGCCGCGAAGGGGCCGCAAAGGGAGCCGCGAGGGGGCCGCGAGGGGGCCGUGAAGGGGCCGUGA